AUGGAGUUGAAGCUGUACAACACGUACACGCAGCAGAAGGAAGUUUUCAGACCGAUCAAUCCCGGGAAAGUCGGAUUGUACGUCUGUGGAAUCACAGCUUACGAUUUCAGCCACAUCGGCCAUGCUCGCGCUGCCGUUCCCUUCGACGUUCUCUACAGAUUCUUGAUGUAUAUGGGUUAUGAAGUUACUUACGUCAGAAAUUUCACAGAUGUUGAUAACAAGAUAAUCGAACGUGCUAAGAAGAAUGGAGAGAAACCGUUAGAGUUGAGUAAUCGCUUUUGCCACGAGUAUUUGGCUGAUAUGGGUGCUCUUCAGUGCCUCCUUCCCACCGACCAGCCUCGUGUCAGCGACCAUAUGGAUCACAUUAUUAAUAUGAUUCAAAAGAUCAUUGAGAAUGGUUGCGGGUAUGCUGUGGAAGGGGGCGAUGUGUUCUUCUCUGUCGACAAAUCACAAAACUAUGGUAAGUUGUCUGGUCAGCUGCUGGAACAUACACGGGCUGGUGAGCGAGUUGCGGUUGAUUCGAGGAAGCGUAACCCUGCUGAUUUUGCCUUAUGGAAGGUUGGAGUGAUUCAAAGCUGUAAACCUGAUGAGCCGAGCUGGGAGAGCCCAUGGGGUCCAGGAAGACCGGGAUGGCACAUCGAGUGCAGUGCCAUGAGUGCUCACUAUCUAUCCCCGAGAUUUGACAUUCAUGGUGGUGGUGCUGAUUUGAUAUUCCCACACCAUGAAAAUGAGCUUGCUCAGACAUGUGCUGCAUGUGGUGAGCAUGGUGGUGUUAAUUACUGGCUGCAUAAUGGCCAUCUCACUAUCAAUAACGAGAAGAUGUCAAAAUCAAAGGGCGACUUCAAACCAAUCAGAGAAGUGACAGAACGUUACCAUCCAUUGGCUCUGAGGCACUUUUUGAUAAGUGUACACUACCGGUCUCCUCUGAGCUACUCAGCGUCAAAGCUAGACAGUUCCUCAGAACUUUUGUAUUAUGUUUAUCAGACAUUGCAAGAUCUUGAUGACGCUCUCUUGCCAUAUCGAGAGGCAAUGUCUGAAGACGGUGGAAAAGCUGAACUGACUUCAGAAGCCAAAGACAUCAUUACCAAUCUCAAAAGAGCGUUUGAUGCAAAGAUGUCAGACGAUUUGAAUACUGCCCAUAUACUAACGGGUUAUUACCAAGUUGCAUUGAAAUUCAUCAACGAUUCCAUCGGCAAGCUCGAGAAAAUGCAGGAGAAAGAGAGGAUGUCACUGCUUGUGUCACUAGUUGAGAUUGAGAGAGGAGCCAGGAAAGUUCUCGAAGUGCUUGGUUUGCUCACUACCCUGAGCUAUGCCGAGAUUCUGAAAGAGAUGAAUCAAAAAACACUCACAAGAGCAGGAUUGAGCGAACAAGACCUUUCACAAAUAAUACAAGAAAGGAUAAUGGCGCGGAAGAAGAAAGAGUUUGGGAAAAGUGAUGUGAUUAGAGCACAACUGGCAGCUAAAGGAAUAGCUUUAAUGGAUGUUGUCGGCAAAGAAACUGUGUGGAGGCCAUGCUUACCUUCUCAGGCUACUAAUUGCAGCGACUAAGCAAAAGAACAAUUUUUCAUCUCUCCACAUUCUUCUU